UAUUGGAGGUGAUUGCAGCUCCGUGCGCGCGCCCGCACGCUCCAUCGUCACAACACACACCGGAAAACAGCUGAUGUCAUUGAGAGAACGACACACUGCCACCGAUAACCGGGAAUAUACACACUUAUCGCGUAACCCUGUAGCACCACACUCCCCCUGUCUAUCUCUGGCUGGUCUCUCUGCCCCCCUCUGACCUGGGGAUGAAUGCACCAAUGAGGAGCCAGCUCACAGGUAUGCCUGAUCGCAUGUUAUGUGCAGUGCUGGAGCAAUUUCAGCUUUACUUUUCCCUUUGAUCCACUCUCUGUAUAGUACAGCCAGCCCCAGCAUGCUGAAGAGGAAGCAGAGCUCGAGGGUUGAGGCCCAGCCCAUGACUGACUUUGGGCCCGACGAAACCCUCGCCGACAGCGCCGACAUCUUCUGGAUCAACAAACCAUGGGUGCACUCUCUGCUGCGAGCCUGUGCCAUCAUCAGCGUCAUCAGCGUGUGUAUGAACACACCCAAGACGUUCGAGCACUACCCCCCGCUGCAAUACGUGACCUUUACCCUGGACACGCUGCUCAUGUUCCUCUACACCGCUGAGAUGAUCGCCAAGAUGCACAUCAGAGGAAUCAUCAAGGGUGAUAACUCGUACGUCAAGGAUCGCUGGUGUAUGUUUGACGGCUUCAUGGUCUUCUUCCUCUGGGUGUCUCUGGUGCUUCAGGUGUUUGAGAUAGCAGAUGUUGUUGACCAGAUGUCUCCCUGGGGCAUGUUGAGAAUCCCCAGAGCCCUCAUCAUGAUCCGAGCCUUCAGGAUCUACUUCCGCUUCGAGCUGCCACGCUCACGCAUCACCAACAUCCUCAAGCGAUCGGGGGAACAGAUCUGGAGUGUGUCGAUAUUCUUGCUCUUCUUCCUCCUUCUGUAUGGAAUUCUGGGAGUUCAGAUGUUCGGAACGUUUAAUCAUCACUGUGUUACCAACGACACAACGAAUGGUACUGUGACAUGGAACAGCCUGGCCAUCCCCGACACCCACUGUUCGCCAGACGGGGAGGGAUACCUGUGUCCUUUGGGCUUUAAGUGUGUGGACUUGGAAGAACUGGGGCUCAGCAGACAGGAGCUGGGCUACAGCGGCUUCAACGAGCUCGGUACCAGUAUCUUCACCGUGUACGAGGCAGCCUCUCAGGAGGGCUGGGUGUUCCUUAUGUACAGAGCCAUCGACAGUUUCCCUCGCUGGCGCUCCUACUUCUACUUCAUCACGCUCAUCUUCUUCCUCGCCUGGCUUGUCAAGAAUGUUUUCAUUGCGGUCAUCAUUGAAACGUUUGCUGAGAUCAGAGUUCAGUUCCAGCAGAUGUGGGGGUCCCGAAGCAGCACCACCUCUACUGCUACCACACAGAUGUUCCACGAGGACUCGGCUGGAGGAUGGCAGCUUGUUGCUGUGGACGUCAACAAACCACAUGGCCGCGCACCAGCCUGCCUCCAGCAACUGAUGCGCUCCUCCAUCUUCCACAUGUUCAUUCUGACUAUGGUUGCCGUAGACGUAAUCGUUGCCGCUAGCAACUACUACAAGGGCGAGAACCACCAAAGGCACUAUGACGAGUUCUACCUGGCUGAGGUUGCAUUUACAGUGCUGUUUGACCUGGAGGCUAUGCUUAAGGUCUGGUGCCUGGGCUUCACGGGCUACAUCAUCUCCUCUCUGCACAAGUUUGAGUUGCUGCUGGUGGUGGGGACCACCCUGCACAUCUACCCUGACCUCUACCACUCCCAGUUCACCUACUUCCAGGUACUGCGAGUGGUGCGUCUGAUAAAGAUCUCCCCGGCACUAGAGGACUUUGUGUACAAGAUAUUUGGUCCCGGUAAGAAGCUGGGCAGCUUGGUGGUGUUCACAGCGAGCCUGCUCAUAGUCAUGUCAGCCAUCAGUCUACAGAUGUUCUGCUUCGUGGAGGAACUGGACCGAUUUACCACCUUUCCCAGAGCAUUCAUGUCUAUGUUCCAGAUCUUAACCCAGGAGGGUUGGGUGGAUGUGAUGGACCAAACUCUUGUGGCUGUUGGUCAAAUGUGGGCUCCUGUAGUGGCUAUCUACUUCAUCCUCUACCAUCUGUUUGCUACUCUGAUUCUGCUCAGUCUUUUCGUGGCUGUCAUCCUUGAUAAUCUAGAGUUGGAUGAAGACUUGAAGAAACUCAAACAACUGAAGCAAAGUGAGGCGAACGCAGAUACCAAAGAGAAGCUGCCCCUACGUCUAAGGAUCUUUGAGAAGUUUCCUAAUCGGCCCCAGAUGGUCAAGAUCUCCAAGCUGCCUUCUGAUUUCACUGUUCCCAGAAUCAGGGAGAGUUUCAUGAAGCAGUUCAUCGAUCGGCAGCAGCAGGACACCAGCUGUCUGUUCCGCCGCCUUCCUUCCGCCUCCUCCUCUUCCUGUGACCAUUCCAAGCGAUCCGCCAUAGAAGACAACAAAUACAUCGACCAGAAGCUCCGCAGGUCAAUAUUCAGCAUCAGAGCUCGCAACCUCCUGGAGAAGGAAACUACUAUCAACAAAAUCCUCCGGGCUUGUACCAGACAGCGUAUGCUGAGUGGAUCCUUUGAGGGCCAACCACUGAAAGAGCGCUCCAUCCUCAGUGUCCAACACCAUAUACGCCAAGAACGCAGGUCUCUGAGACAUGGCUCCACUAGUCAGAGGAUCAGCAGAGGAAAGUCCCUGGAGACACUCACACAAGAUCGAGAGUCAGAGCAGAGAUCGCACUGGCACCAGCAUUCCAGUACAGUGCGUUAUCGUAACGCCCAGCGAGAAGAUAGUGAGAUCAAGAUGAUCCAGGAGAAGAAGGAGCAGGCCGAGAUGAAGCGCAAGGUCCAGGAAGAGGAACUGAGGGAGAACCAUCCUUACUUUGACAAACCUCUCUUCAUUGUGGGGAGAGAGCACCGCUUCAGAAACUUCUGUAGGACUGUAGUGCGGGCACGCUUCAAUGCAUCCAAAACAGAUCCGAUAACAGGAGCGGUGAACUCCAAAUACCACCAGCUUUAUGAUCUCCUGGGGCUGGUCACCUAUCUGGACUGGGUGAUGAUCGUAGUGACCAUCUGCUCCUGUAUCUCCAUGAUGUUUGAGUCUCCUUUCACCAGGGUCAUGCAUGUACCCACUCUACAGAUAGGAGAGUAUGUCUUUGUCAUCUUCAUGAGUAUCGAGCUGAACCUGAAGAUCAUGGCGGACGGCCUGUUCUUUACUCCCACAGCCGUCAUCAGAGACUUUGGAGGAGUCAUGGACAUCUUCAUCUACCUCUGUAGUCUGAUCUUCCUGUGUUGGCUGCCUCCUAACGUGCCUCCGGAGUCUGGGGCUCAGCUGCUGAUGAUGCUGAGGUGUCUUCGCCCCCUUCGCAUCUUUAAACUGGUGCCCCAGAUGAGGAAGGUGGUGCGGGAGGUCAUCAAGGGUUUCAAGGAGAUUUUCCUGGUCUCCAUCCUGCUCCUGACACUAAUGCUGGUGUUUGCAAGCUUCGGCGUCCAGCUCUUUGCUGGAAAACUAGCCAAGUGCAAUGACCCCCACGUAUUCCUUCGGGAGGACUGCCAUGGAAUCUUCCGGAUCAACGUGAGUGUGUCUAAAAACCUCAAUCUCAAACUAAGACCAGGAGAGAAGAAGCCUGGCUUCUGGGUGCCAAGAGUGUGGGCCAACCCUCGCAACUUUAAUUUUGACAAUGUGGGUAAUGCCAUGCUGGCUUUGUUUGAGGUCCUGUCACUCAAAGGCUGGGUGGAGGUCCGUGAUGUCAUCAUUCACCGCGUCGGACCGAUACAUGGUAUCUACAUCCAUGUGUUUGUCUUUCUGGGCUGUAUGAUUGGACUCACUCUGUUUGUCGGAGUGGUCAUCGCUAACUUCAAUGAGAACAAGGGUACUGCUCUGCUGACAGUGGACCAGAGGAGGUGGGAGGACCUGAAGAGUCGACUGAAGAUAGCCCAGCCUCUCCACCUCCCCCCACGACCAGAGAAUGCAGGGUUCCGUGCCAAGAUGUAUGACAUCACUCAGCACCCCUUCUUCAAACGGGGUAUCGCUGUGCUGGUUUUGGCCCAGUCAGUGCUGCUGUCUGUCAAGUGGGAUGUAGAUGACCCAGUAACAAUGCCACUUGCUACCAUGUCAGUGGUCUUCACCAUUAUCUUUGUGUUAGAGGUGACGAUGAAGUUCAUAGCUAUGUCCCCGGCGGGGUACUGGCAGAGCAGACGGAACCGCUACGAUUUACUGGUGACAAUACUGGGAGUCAUCUGGAUAGUCUUGCACUUUGCUCUACUGAAUGCAUAUACUUACAUGAUGGGCACGUGUGUGAUCGUCUUCAGGUUCUUCACCAUCUGUGGGAAGCAUGUGACUCUGAAGAUGCUACUGCUGACAGUCGUGGUCAGUAUGUAUAAAAGCUUCUUCAUCAUCGUGGGAAUGUUCCUUCUCCUCCUCUGCUACGCCUUCGCUGGAGUCGUCCUAUUCGGAACCGUUAAAUACGGAGAGAACAUCAACAGGCAUGCUAACUUCUCCACGGCAGGGAAGGCCAUCACGGUUCUGUUCCGUAUUGUCACGGGGGAAGACUGGAAUAAGAUCAUGCAUGACUGCAUGGUGCAGCCUCCGUUCUGUACCCCCGAUAAGCAUCGCUACUGGGAGACGGACUGUGGGAACUACGCAGGGGCACUCAUCUACUUUUGCUCCUUCUAUGUCAUCAUUGCUUACAUCAUGCUUAACCUCCUCGUGGCCAUCAUUGUGGAGAACUUCUCUCUCUUCUACUCCACUGAGGAGGACCAGCUACUGAGCUACAACGACCUCCGACACUUUCAGAUUAUCUGGAACAAUGUGGAUGACAAGAGAGAGGGAGUGAUCCCAACAUCGCGGGUGAAGUUCCUGCUGCGUCUGCUGAGGGGCAGGCUAGAGGUAGACCUGGAUAAGGACAAGCUGCUGUUCAAACACAUGUGCUAUGAGAUGGAGAGGCUGCACAACGGAGGGGACGUCACCUUCCACGACGUGCUCAGUAUGUUGUCAUACCGUUCAGUGGAUAUCAGGAAGUCUCUACAGCUGGAGGAGCUGCUGGCUAGAGAGCAGCUGGAGUACACCAUAGAAGAAGAGGUGGCCAAGCAGACCAUACGCAUGUGGCUCAAGAAGUGCCUCAAACGCAUCCGUGCUAAGCAGCAGCAGUCGUGCAGCAUCAUCCACAGCCUGAGAGAGAGCCAGCAGCAGGAGCUCAGUCGCUUCCUCAACCCCCCCAGCAUACAGACCACCCUGCCUAGUGAGGACAUCAACGCUAACCAGGACCAUUCAACACAGCCAGAGUUGAGUGGUCUCCAACAGCUGCUGAGUCCUACCCUGUCAGACCGUGGGGGAUACAGACAGGACUCCUCAGAACGCCCUCAGAGGAAACUGGGACAGUGGAGACUACCUGCAGGUCGUACCAGUGUCAAGUCCAUGGUGUGUAAGAUGAACCCUGUGAGUGACGAAGCCUCCUCGGGGUCAGAGGUCAAGAAAUGGUGGACGCGUCAGCUGACCGUUGAGAGUGACGAGAGUGGUGAUGACCUCAUAGAUAUUUAAACGGGAAACUCAGAAAAUUCAACCACGCUCACAUAUCGAACGAGAACUAGGAUAGACAACUAUAGCUCUGAGCGCUCAGUGUCAACACAGUACUCUGGUGGUUGAAACGUUCUUUCAAGGUUUUUUCAAGCAUAUCAUACUUGACUGAUUGGGGAAGUGACAGCGUGGACAUCCUCCUCGCAAGUCUCUCCAUCAGCAGCCAUCUUACAUCUUGUGGGACGUUAUGAUCAGUUUUUUCUCAAAAUGGUGGCUUGUGGACACAGGAAAAUGUCUCUUGGUUUGCAGUUAAGGCCAUUUCAAGAACGUUGAUUGUUAGAAACAACGCUUUAGCUGUUUGGUUUAAAGACUGUAUAUGAAUGUACAAAGCCAAACCCAUGACACCAUUAAUUCCUAUGUGAAGACUCAAUAGCCCAUUUGAAGCCAAAAAAGUCAGUUAAGAUGGCGUCUAUAGAAUACAUAACAUACACAGUUUGAGCUACCCCAGGAAGUGACAUUGCAGGCUAGCUCAGUGCUUCCCCAUCUCAUUGAGUGUCAAAGGUUAAAGUCCGACCGGGAUACUGCAGGCUGCAAUUUGCAACUAAAACGAGGCAACAAUAAACAAGUCGUCCCCCUUGGGCCAAUCCGUGUAAUUUUGUAAGUGAUGGAUCUGUAUGGCAAGACUCAUCAUUCACCCAAGUUUCAUCAAAAUUGGGCAAGUGGUAUCUGAGAUUUUGUGUGUGACUUAUGCACGU